GCUCGGUUAGGUUCUCGGUGUGGGGUUUCUUGUUUGAUUUUCAUCACCAUGCGUUUAUUUACCUUGAUCUUGGCGCUAAUAUUUAGCCUGGGAUCCUCCAGUGGCUACAAGUUUCUCAUGAUCUUGAACUCUCCCGGGCGCUCGCACUUUAAUGUCGGCCAUGCCCUGGCCAAGGGAUUGGUCCAAGCAGGUCAUGAGAUCACCGUGGCAUCUGUGUUUCCUCUGAAGAAACCCAUUCCGGGCUAUCAUGAUAUUUAUAUUCCAAAUGUGAUAAAUGCAAUGAGGGGUGACUUGGCUGGCUUAUGGGCAUCUAUUCAGAAAUCUGUGACGCAGAAACUCAUUGAUCACUAUCAAAUGGGCUUCCGCUUGACCAGAGCCCUGUUUGAGGAACCCAACUUCCAGGAGCUCUUAAAGAGCAACAAAAGUUUCGAUGCGAUAAUAUGCGAGACCUUUUAUAACGACGCCCACUAUGGCUUGGCUGAGCAUUUCAAGGCCCCACUUAUAGGACUGAGCACCGGUGGUGGGUUGACUUUUAUUACAGAUAUGGUUGGUUCUCCAGCUCCCGCUUCCUUUGUGCCCCACAUAAUGUUACCCUUUAACGAUCAUAUGACUCUCUUCGAACGCCUCGCCAACGUGGCAUUCCUGGCCUAUGAAAGACUGCUCCUGGAUUAUUAUUACUUGCCGGGACAGGAGCAACUAUACCAGGAGUUCUUUCCGGACAAUAAGCAGAGUUUCUACGAAAUGCGCCGGAAUGCCUCUCUGGUGCUGAUCAACCAGCAUGUGUCUCUAAGUUUCCCGCGUCCUUAUGCGCCCAACAUGGUCGAGGUGGGUGGCAUGCACAUCGAUGGCAAGCUGAGUCCACUGCCCGAGCGCAUCGAGAGGUUCCUCAAUGAGUCAGAGCAUGGAGUCAUUUAUUUUUCGAUGGGCUCUAAUCUUAAGAGCAAGGAUCUGCCGCCCGCAAAGGUUCAAGAGAUCCUAAAAGCCUUCAGGGGCCUCAAGCAGCGAGUUCUUUGGAAAUUUGAGCUAGAGGAUCUGCCCAACAAGCCGGAUAAUGUCUACAUUUCCGACUGGUUUCCGCAGACCGACAUACUAGCCCAUCCGAAGGUUUUGGCCUUUGCCACCCACGGCGGAAUGCUCAGCACCACGGAGUCCAUUUACCAUGGCAAGCCCGUAAUCGGUUUGCCCAUUUUCAGCGAUCAAUUCUUCAACAUGGCUCAUGCCGAGCAAACUGGCUAUGGCAUUAUGCUGGACUUUAAGGCUUUAAAGGCCCAGGACUUCCGGGCGGCGAUCGAGAGGAUCACCAGCGAGCCCUCUUACGCAGAAGUGGUGCGAGGAAUGUCUUUUAGAUAUCGGGAUCAGCAGCACACGCCCUUGGAGAACGCCGUGUACUGGGUGGAGCAUGUGACCCGACACCAAGGAGCUGCCUAUUUGAAGAGUGCCGCCCAGAGACUGAACUGGUGGCAAUACCACAACGCUGAUGUCCUCCUCAUACUCUUUGCAGUCGUGAUCUUUACGAUAAUUCUACUGCCAUACGUUAUUUUGAGGCUACUUACGAAAUUAGUAUUGGGGGAAAAGAAAACUCAAGGGGGAAAAGUAAAGCUAAACUAACGUUUUAAACUAGUCAAGAUUG